UUUAGAGCGAUAGAGAAACUGUUCAACAGUCGUUAGGUUAGACGUGGGAAGAGGAAGACAAAUGAAAAUGCACAUUUCGGCGGUGGUGAUAUUAACAGGUUGGAUGAUAAUUGGAUGCAGCACAACUGAUGCUCCACCAACUACAGCUGCAACUACAGAUGCUAUGGCAGUUAAAGAUUCACAAGCUACAACAUCACUUUUAGCUACAACAGUUUCUCCAGUAACCGAAACAUCAGGUGGUGCCACUGAGGAACAAAAAACAACAGCUUCUUCAACAAUUUUGACCAGUACAAGUGAAACAACAACCCCACUUACAACACUUACUUUCACCUUGAGCAAAUCUACAAUUGAUCAGAUAACUUCUAGUGGUAGCGAGUCUACAACAGAUCAGACAUCCUCUACUGUUUAUCCUAAUUCUCCAACAACUUUAACUUCCACCUCGAGUGCUACAAAUGACUCUACAACAAAUCAAACAACCCCUAGUGUUAAUGCUACUUCUCCAGCAACUGAGCUCACCAGCGUAGCCCACAACGAGACUGAAGAAUCGACCACAGGCACAUCAGGUUUGGUGACUGAAAGUGAACCAACAACAUCCUCUUCAGAGAGUUAUACUACUUCAGAAAAAACAACUAUGGGCAGCACAAAACCAGUUACUACUAGUGCCAAAAGUACACCUAGUACCAAAACUACAACUACGAUAGUUACUGCGACCACUAAACCAGUGCUCUCUACUACAGUAUUAAUAACGUCAACUACAAAACCGUUUACAGCCACGACUCCAAACCAGAAUACUGCUGAGCAAAAUAAGAAUGACCCAGCAGCCCUGAGCUCAGGAAGUGUCGCUGCUAUCGUAAUUGGCUUUCUUGCCAUCGUACUAAUCGUACUUGUUGGGGCGUAUUAUUUUAAAAUGAGACGUUCCUCUUAUGGACGUCUUUUGGAUGAUGGUGAACACGGCUCUGUGGGGAAUUUUCUGAACCCAAUGUUUGAUGGCUAAAUCAGGAAGUGCUUCCUUUCUGAAGAACAACCUACACCUCAGUGUUUAACCAUGAACAUGGUUACAUCAGAUUCUGUAUUUUGGCCCCAAGAUUAUCACUUAAGUCUAAGCAUAAAUGAUAAACUGACCUGAAUUAUCAAGAGGUUGUAAAACGUAGGCAAGACUUUCUGUAAAUGAGGAUAUUUCUGUGGAAGCCUGUUCUUGUUGAUCUUGGAAUUUAAUUGCAUUGCAAAUGCAUUUGCUAUUUAAAGGAAUAGUUCACCCAAAAAUGAAAAUUGUCCCAUAAUUUACUCACCCUCAAGCCAUUCUCAGUGUAUUAUGACUUUUUUUAUGUCAGACAAACACAGUCGGAGUACUUUUCAAUUUAAUCUGGGCUCUUUUAUGCCUUAUAAUGGCGUUGGAUAGUGGCUUUUAUUUUGAAGCUUUCAAAAGCUAAAUAAAUCUGUCUACUUCUUACCCAUACGUGCCAAAAGGAUAACAUAUGCGAAUCAAUGUUUUUUGUUAAAAAAAUAUCUAAUUUUAAAACUUGCCAAAUGCACAUCUGACGUAAAAUUGAAAAAAAAAAAAUUCUAUUUACACAAUGUGGCUAUUGACGUUAAAAUAGCACCUUCAUUGGACUCCAACUAGUGUAUAUCUUUUUAACUUAAAUAUAUUGCAAAUGAAAUUAAUAAACCCACAAUUUUGAGAAAAGUCCAAUUUGUAAGAUACUUAAAAUAUUAGUUCUGUCAUGACAACUCGCUGAAAGAUUUAUUAUAGUAUCGAAUACGUAUGUGGCAGUGUUGAUGUGUUUGGUCUUGGUGGAAUAGAUCUGUUACACUGCUGCUGCUGUUUGAUUAAUGGUGCAGAGCAAGUACUGAGACUUGCUAAUGCCAGUUUGUUCACAGACAUGCAGUCUGAGACUGCUGCUGCUGCAAACUGAACGCAUAAAAGCCCUAUAGCAAAUUUAUAAACAGGUGGAGCUGCGGUGGAAAAGGGAUCUGAAAACAAUCUGCGAAUUUCUGUCAAAAUUGACAUUGAGGUAUUUAUAUGUUGAGGAGCAUGUUCAUCGGCUACUGAGAAGACAGCAACCAAUCACUCGCAACAAGUAGUUGGAAGCAGAUUGGAUAGGAAUUAUCAGCCUGCACUCUCAAUAGAGUUUCAUGACAGAACUUUGUAUUUGUACAAGAGUGUCUUAAUAGUAGUACAAUUAGCGUUCUUAAAAAGUACUGGUCUAAAAAGUAGCAAUUACCUAUUUUUUAAUACAUUUUUAACAAACUUCAGUAGAUUUCAGUUUUGAUGAAUGGAACACUGUGAUGUAGGGGUGUGUGUCCAUCAAAGUGUUUUUUGCGCUGCAGAAGCAUGAGCACUGUUCUAAAAACAAAUUUUUGCAGCUCAGUGUUUUUUCAGUCAGUUAUUAUUGGCCUGUUUCCACUUGGUGGUAGAGUACGGUGCGGUACGGGUCAGUAUGGGUCACCUUUAUCAGGCUUGUGUUUCCACUGCUAAAAGGGUACCAAUGGUACUCUUUUAGUCGGUGUGUAUGACAGAAAAUUUCAGUCAACAUCAUUCUUGCUCGAGAAAAUGUCAAAAGUAAAGUUGUAUGGGUCAUUCACAUAUCAUAUGAGAAGCACUUCUCACAAACAGAUGCUUUAUACACAUAAAUACUUGUGUAUAAAUGUUUAAUACUAACCUUUCUAUGAACAGGAUUUGAUUAUAACAGCAGAUCAAUGAAAUAGCCUACUGUAAUUACAAUUAAACUCUGUAAAUUAAAUAAAUCUUCAAUUACAUAAAAUAAACGCAACAUAUAUGAUUACAUAUAGUUCUUACAGUCUCUGAUAUGUUACCAAUUACAGAAAAACUAUACACAGCAUACAUUUAGUCCUCAUUUGGGUUUAAAAACAACACACAACAUAUUGUCCAGUCAGUGCAAACCUCUCAUCUGUAUCUUUAAUCUUCACCAGCACAUGUAACCUCUGUUAAAGAGUAAUUCCGUCAUUCAGAGUUCAUAAUAGUCCAAAAGGCGAUGAUAAUAAUUAAACAUGACAGUUUGUUCAUGUUUUAGGCUGCUGAAAGCAUCAUUUGUUCUUUUGUUUUUCUAGCUUCUACUUUGUUUUUUCACGCAGCACUUUCUCGUUUGUUAGUUUCUGACAGGAUCGAAUGUCAAAAGCACUUCAAUAAUCACGUACACGUUAUUAUCAUCAGCUCAAGAAGUUUGCUAUUUCAAAUAUAGAUGCGUGGCAAACUCAAGCGAGAAAGCGAAACCACUCGUUUGUUGAUGGCCUUGUAAAAACUACAGGGCACAUGGCAGAUUCUGCUCUUCUUCUUGGCUUUGUGGCUGUUCAUCAAGAUGACACCAAGGCUUAUUUGAACUUGGGUCGACCAUGGUUCAUUAUUAGAUGUGUGUAUAUAUAUAUAUAAUUAUUAUUAUUAAGGUGUAAUGUCUUUGCUGUGUAUUUAAAACAUGGCGGUUUCUUUGUUUUCAUUCUGGCUUUUUACACGAGCGAGUGACGAAACUGCCUUUUGGUACCCUUUUGUUGUGCUAGGUACCCUUUGCAGAGGGUACCUAAAAGCGUACCAAACCGAACCGCACCAUUUAGUGAUGGUACAGAGUAUCUCUGCUGUUCCACUAAAAGUUGAAAGUCUUAAGCAGAUUAUUUGUUGACAGUUGUGUGGUAUUGUCCCACUCCUCCUCCACUGUGAUUGGACAGCUAGAUCAAAAGUGACACUGAUGGGUGCUGCAUUUUUAAACCUAAAUCGUAAAAACACCCACUUCGAUACAUGCUUCGAUAUGAAGCAAUUGCUCAAAAAUGUGGCACUAUCAUUGACAACAAAAUAAAACAAUGCUCAGAUUGAGAGAAAAGACACUUUGGUGGACAUGCACCCUUAUGUCCUACAGAUGUAUUUGAUUAGUUUUUGAAAUGUAGUGUUUUUGGGUAAUUUUUGGUUAAUUAUUAAUUUUCUCUGUAGAUAAGCACAUUUUUUCAUUUCAUGAUAAUAUCUUUAAAUGUAAAUGGACUGCAUUAAUAACAUUAGCUAUCAUGUUUUGUAAAUCAAAGCCUCAUUUCUCCAACAGGCCAUGCAUUUAUUAUUGGUCUCUAAGACUGCCCUUAUCAUAUAGCAUAAUUACAGCUCUGCAUUCAACCUCCCACUAUUCAUCCAAUGACAGUCUCUGUUUUAACACCAAGACAUUUCUGUUGCCUUAACAAUAAGAUUCUUUUCCUCUUGUCAUUGUAAUAGCAGGGAUCCACAAACAGCCAGCAAUUAAGCAUUUAAACAGUCAAGACUGUUAUUAGAGUCUUAAAAAUAAGCCAUCAAAUGGAGGCACAUUAACAAAACAUCUGGUGUUUGAGAACGGCUUCAGUCUUGCUCCGUACAUUUAUUUGUGAAUGUUUAAAACCACUCUUGUUUCCCAACCUAGUUUCUGUAACCUGUUGAACAGCAAAUGCUGUUUCCUGUUUUUGCAAACGUUCUUGUUUCAAGAAUAUCAGAAACCACAGGAACAUUGUCUGAAUCACUGGUCUGAAGCAGCAGAAAUGAAUGAUUGUAAAACUGUCAAUGUGUUUGUAAAUUUAGAUUAUUAAAAUUCAUUAAUUUAUUGUAUGUAUAUAUAAUUGAUUUUUAUGUUGUGCAUGCUAUAUUACACAGAAUUCUUGUUAAAAAUCUAAACCUUUCUUGUGCUGUACUCUUUCCUGUGUUAAUAAUUCUUCUGUCAAUAAAUACGGUGCACAUUUUAAGGUCUUAGCUCACACACACAUACUUGAUAUAUAAUAGCUUAUAGGUAAUUUUUUUUUGUUCAAAGAUGUUCCAAUUUUCAUGUAAAGAUCAUACACCAUUUUAUGUGCCAUCUCAGAUAUGACUGACCUAAAUGAUCAAAAAACUGACCUCAUUUCACUGGAGUACAAACAACCAUGAUGUACUGAAUACACAUUCACAUAUUCAAAACAUAACAUUUACUUAAAUGGGACGCUGAACGCUGAAUUCUGAUAGGCUAAGAAUUAUUCUGUGCUGUAUAAUUUGCAAAUGGCAGUUUUUAAACAAAACAGCUCAAAUAGUUUCAGGCAGUUCUCCACUGUAUCAUCAUUUUAUCAUUAAAUAAAUCAAUACUGUACAUGGCAUUUCUGACUUUUAACAAUGCUACUGAAGCAGUUAAAAUUAAUGGAGAUGCUGGUGCUGCUGCCAAACCGUUAAGAGACAACCUCAGUUCACACAGGCUUAAUCUAAUAUUAAUUACAUUUUUCUAAUGAUUGAUGACAAAUUUUGAUGUUGGCUUGUCAAAGCUACAUGAAUUAGCAUAUUGAUACAUUGAACAUGUUGCUAACAUGUCUUUACUAUUUUAGCAUGAUUUGGAAUGUUUCUGUUAUUUUAUUGCUAGCAUGUGUUGCUAGCAUGUUUCUGAAGUGAAUUAGCAUGUUUUUGCAUUAGCAUGUUUCUGCAUGUUGACAUCAUGUAGCUACCGUUAGCAUGUUUAUAUUAUGCUUCUUUCCAAAGAUAGCAAAUUGUGAGCGUGAGUUGUCUUGUUUAACAAUGCUGAUAGAAUGAAUAAGCAUUAGGCUAUGUUUUAUGCUAGCUAAGAUUUGCUUUAUAGCAAGAUAGAAUAAUGAAGGUUUUAAGAUCUGCAGUGGUUGUAGGUUAUAUGCAUUAAUAUGUUAUCUUGAAAUAAAACAGAACAUAAAAAUAA